GAAGGAAGUUAGUCCGUCCAUUAAGAUCUUCCCGCUAGUGCAGCCGCAAAUAUCCUCCGUGUAGCAGCUAACGGCAUCCUGUGUUUCGGUGUUAAAGCAGGAGGACUGAAACAUGAAAGGCACGAGGGUUUAAUUUAAAAUUAAUGUUUAGAAAUAACACACCAGUCAUGAAUGAGACGGCACCUGGGAUUAUGGAGGGAAUAGAUCGACAGAUCGAGCAGGGUUUCUGUUACCAGGACACCAUGCCGUCUGGCUCGGUUGGGAUGUCAGAUCUGUCUGAUGAGAUCCUGUUGUGUAUCCUCCGUCAUGUUCCAGUGUGUGACCUGCUGACUAAUGUGGCAAAUGUCUGCCAGAAGUUACACACACUUUGCUACGACAAGACACUGCUCACAAACAUCAGGUUUUCUGAAGAAUAUCGGGCUGACGAUCAGUUGGUCCAUCAAACUCUAAAGCUGCUAGCCAACCACGUACAAUCCCUCAGUCUCAACAGCUGCUACUGGCUGUCAGCCUCCACCUUAGACAAAGUGGCACGAUGCAGAGGAGUAACACAUCUGGAUGUAACCGGCUGCCGCCUCACCUCCCUUUGCCUGUCGCGCCUCUUAUCCUCUUUGUCUUUGCUCAGAUCGCUGGCGUUUGAUGUUAGGCCCUGUUUCAACUCCGCACUGCUCAGCUCGGAAGCCGUUGAUUCACUGAACCGCCUCACGGAGCUGAGACAGACUCUGUUUACGCCGAGCUACGGCGUAGUGCCUUGCUGUGCCCAACUUCGCAAGCUGAUGCUGCAGUUUGACAUUCCAGAUGUGACCAGAGAGGGCAUCGGCGUUUGCUGUCAGCUGAUGGUCGGCCAGAGCAGCGUGCCACAUUACGAACAGCUGGAGGAGUUCACGGCCAGACUGGCCCCAGGAGAGGUGAACCAGACGCUGCUCCUUCUCUACCUUGCCGUGUUUAGCGUUCACAUUCCAAAGCACCUCAGAGUUUUCCUGGUUUCAAUUCCUGGUCCCAAUCCGGCUCACUGGCCCGCUGCUCCCUCGCUGGCUCAAAGCCUCGGUCAGCGCGGAGACCUGGUGGCGCUGCAGCUGCCACGCACCUGGCUGGAUCCACUGUCCCUAAAGCGAGCCCUGGAGGGAAACAGCCCCAAGCACCUGAGCUUCAGCCGCUGCCCUGCGUUGUGGCCGCAGGUCUUCCAGUCGUUGCUUGGCGGCGGAGUCAGAGACGCCGCUCAGCUCGUCAGCCUCAACCUCAGCGGGAUCAACCACGUUCCGUACUCGGAGUGCAGGAGUGUGGAGGAUCAGCUGGUUGCUGAGACAAUGGGCCAGGUGGCUGCAACCUGCUCCAACGUUAAACACCUGAACCUGAUGCACACGCAUUAUCAUCACGAGAGCUCACCUGGGCUGGAUGGACAAACACACUUGGGUGACAGCCUGGGCAGAUUCAAACACCUGCGGUCUCUGACUCUGCCCGCCUGCGCUUUGUCAGACGGUGUAAAUACGAAUCACACCUCAGCGCAUGGCUCAACUCCCUCUCUGUUGUUCCAGGGACUAAAGAAGGCCCCGCGUGUGGGGCUCCAGAAUUACAGACCUGAUUCGGAGCCUUGGUUGGCCGGGGACAGCAUUUUUGGGCUGGAUUCGCUCACAGCUGGCUGUCGCUUUUUAGAAACCUUUGAGCUCAUCGGUCCAGGUUUUGCGUCGGCGCUGCCUCGGCUCGAGCCGUGCACCCGUGCCAGUGUGGAGCCUCGUGGGAUGUGCGCUUGGGCGCGAGGAGUUGGAGAUGCGCACCUAGCAGCGCUUGAAGCUUUACCUCGGCUCCAUCGCUUGACUCUGGCUGGACUCCCUGGAGUCCUCAAAGGAACUGGACUGGUACAGCUGACUAGGAAGUGCAGAGACUUACGGGUAUUGUCCUUAGCCAACUUGGGAUCUCUGAAAACCAUGAACUACACAGCCUCCUUGCUGGAGACACUUACACAGUGCACACAGCUGCAGGAACUCAGGUUAGAGCAGCCAUACCUAAAUGCCAAUGCGUCUUUCUUUGAGGCCUUGUCCAGCUGCCAACGCCUGCAGCGGCUCUGUCUCAUCUCCCGUAGCGGCACCUUCGACUCUUUGGCCACAGAGGCCUUCAUGGAGCAGUGUUGCCAUGUUGUAAUGUGCCACAUGUUCAUGGGCGGCACCCUGGCGGCCUGUCGGACACUGCAGAAAUCCCUGCUGGACAGAUUUUCAGCUGAGCGUUCGGCCCUCAGUGUGGUCAUCUAUCCGCUACAACACGAGGACCUGCCCUCCGUCAUCAGGGGUAUCUCACUGACACUGCUGGAUCGGAUAACUUUGUUUCAGAGCCACGUGGCGCAGCCUCCACAUUUAUCACCCAUGUGACAUCACCAGUGACCUGUAACGUAAUCGCUGUUGCUGAAAAUAAAAUUUAGUGAAAUACUACCUGUGAAGCUUCUGAUUAGGUAACAGCAGCAGUGUAAAAGAAAUACAUCAGCAUAACUGUUUUGGGUAAUAAUGGUUUGUUUGGUCAUCCAUCUACACAGGGUGCUGCUCGCACAUCCCAAUCAUAAAUCACUUCAGUUGCGUAGUUUCUGUUUUAAAAUAAGUGCCAACAAUAUUUGAAGAGAAUGAAACUUUGCAAAUGAAGCUGUGACACAAUAAAUGGCUUAUGGAGUUUUUAAUUGAUUUCCUGUGUGCAUGUAUUUUUCUACAAACUGGAAGUUUAAACAAAAGUCUCUACUUAUAAUUAUAGUCUGUUCCUAAAAAUGUCCAUUUACGGUAUGUUUUUUUUAGGAAUGCAAGUGUAAUUGUUCUAUUGCAUAUAGACUAUUGCAUUUUAAUUUCUUUACAUUAAGCCACAAACAACUUCUAGUUUUCCUUGAUGCUAUUUAAUUUUAUUUAAUUAAAUAGAAUUAAAUCAAACCUGAUUUAAUUUUAUUUAACACAGAAAAAUCCUUAUUAGUGAUCAUGCUCAUUGUUUGGAAGCUCUUAGUCUGAUAUUUUAACUAUUUUGUGCCAUGCUGAAAGUAUUUCAUAAAAA